CCCCGCCGGAACCGGCGCGCGGCCCCGCGCCGACAUGAGGCCAGAGCCGGGCCGGCCGCGCUGACGGGAGCCGAGCAGUCGCGGGUACCUUCCUGCCUUGACUAGGAUGUUAGGUGAACUUUCUUAAGACUCGCGUUUCGAAGCGCCUGCGAUGCGUGUCCGCUGUGCUCUCUAGCUGGAGUCGAGAGGACUUUCCCGAAGUGCUGUAGAUCUGAGUUGAUCAUACUUAACUACAGCUAUGGUGCAGAAGUAUCAAUCCCCGGUACGGGUGUAUAAACACCCUUUUGAGUUAAUUAUGGCUGCAUAUGAAAGAAGGUUUCCUACAUGUCCUCUAAUACCCAUGUUUGUAGCUAGUGACACUGUAAAUGAAUACAAGAGCGAGGAUGAAGCUAUCCAUGUGAUUGAAAGGCGCUGUAAGCUGGAUAUAGAUGCACCACGGCUAUUGAAAAAGAUUGCAGGAGUGGACUAUGUCUACUUUGUUCAGAAGAAUUCUUUGAACAGACGAGAGCGGACUUUGCAUAUCGAGGCCUACAAUGAAACCUUCUCUAACAGAGUCAUUAUUAAUGAACACUGCUGUUACACAGUUCAUCCUGAUAAUGAAGAUUGGACCUGUUUUGAACAGUCAGCAAGUCUGGACAUAAAAUCUUUCUUUGGUUUUGAAAGCACAGUGGAAAAGAUUGCCAUGAAGCAGUACACCAGCAAUAUUAAAAAGGGAAAAGAAAUAAUAGAAUACUACCUGAAGCAGCUGGAGGAAGAAGGAAUAACUUUUGUUCCUCGUUGGACUCCUCCCAUUGCAUGUAAAUUGGAGAGCAGCACAUCCCACACAAGACGACCAGUUUCCCCUGCCAUUAAUAUACCAGACUCUGCCACAAAGGAGGGCUUGAACAACAAGGAGAUCCUCAACACCUCAAGCAGCCCUGCAGAGCCUACAGCAGGAACACCUGAUGACAAGCUAGAUGCAGACUACAUCAAGCGUUAUCUGGGUGACUUGACACCAAUGCAAGAAAGCUGCCUCAUUCGACUUAGGAAAUGGCUUCAGGAGACGCACAAGGGCAAAAUUCCAAAGGACGAGCAUAUUUUACGAUUUUUGCGUGCCCGGGACUUCAACAUUGAUAAAGCAAGAGAAAUUCUUUGCCAGUCACUAACGUGGCGUAAACAGCAUCAGGUAGACUAUAUUCUGGACACCUGGAACCCUCCUCAAGUACUCCAAGAUUACUAUGCAGGAGGCUGGCAUCACCAUGACAAAGAUGGUCGCCCACUGUAUGUACUGAGAUUGGGACAGAUGGAUACCAAAGGCUUAGUGCGAGCUCUUGGGGAAGAGGCCUUGCUUCGAUACGUCCUUUCUAUAAAUGAAGAAGGACUGAGGCGAUGCGAGGAGAACACAAAAGUAUUUGGCAGACCAAUAAGCUCUUGGACCUGUCUAGUAGAUCUAGAAGGCUUGAACAUGAGGCAUUUAUGGAGACCUGGAGUCAAAGCAUUGCUCAGAAUCAUUGAGGUGGUUGAAGCCAAUUACCCUGAGACUCUGGGCCGUCUUCUUAUCCUGAGAGCACCACGAGUAUUCCCGGUUCUUUGGACACUGGUUAGUCCAUUCAUUGAUGACAAUACUAGAAAGAAAUUUCUUAUAUAUGCUGGAAAUGACUACCAGGGUCCUGGGGGACUGCUGGAUUACAUUGAUAAAGAAAUUAUCCCUGAUUUCCUUGGUGGAGAGUGCAUGUGUGAAGUUCCAGAGGGUGGGCUGGUUCCCAAGUCCCUCUACCGGACAGCAGAAGAGUUGGAAAAUGAAGACAUAAAGCUUUGGACUGAAACAAUAUACCAAUCUGCAAGUGUCUUCAAAGGAGCUCCACAUGAGGUUCUCAUUCAGAUUGUGGAUGCCUCAUCGGUGAUCACAUGGGAUUUUGAUGUGUGUAAAGGUGACAUUGUUUUUAACAUUUUUCAUUCCAAGAGAGCCCCACAGCCUCCUAAAAAGGACUCUCUGGGAGCUCACAGUAUUACAUCUCCUGGUGGAAACAAUGUCCAGUUAAUAGACAAAGUCUGGCAACUGGGACGUGAUUACAGUAUGGUGGAGACUGCCCUUAUCUGCAAAGAAGGGGAGAGUGUGCAGGGAUCACAUGUGACCAGAUGGCCUGGCUUCUAUAUUCUCCAGUGGAAAUUUCACAACAUGCCUGCCUGUGCUACAACCAGCCUGCCUCGUGUGGAUGAUGUACUAGCAUCUCUACAGGUCUCCUCUCAUAAAUGUAAAGUGAUGUAUUACACAGAAGUAAUAGGAUCAGAAGAUUUCAGAGGAUCUAUGACCAGCCUUGAAUCAAGCCACAGUGGAUUCUCUCAGCUCAGUGCUGCCACAACCUCUUCCAGCCAGUCCCAUUCCAGCUCCAUGAUUUCCAGGUAGUGCCACAACAGAAGAAAAACAAACGGAUGAGAUGGCUGGACCCUCACCUGUGGCAGCUGACUGUAAUACAGCAUAUUCAACUGGCAACUGCAAAAACAAACACAAAAAAAAAAAAAAAAAAGAAAAAAGAAAAAAGCCCCACAAACACAAAAUCAAAAGCUUUUUAUAGAUAGUAAAGUAGCUGUUUGAAUUUUAAACUUAGUGGUUUUGGUCCUUGUUAGAUCCAACAGCUUGUCUUGUAACUUUAACCCUUUAUCCUAACUCAGCCAUAGAUAUUUUUGCAAGUGUGCUUGCACAGAUUCUGACUUUGAACACAAGGGCUCUCGUGGAAGGAAAAAUAAUCAGUGCAUCAGUUAAGAAUUAUUUUUUAAAUUGUGUAAAUGUUAAAAAGCAAAAAAGAGAAACCCUACCAAAAAUGCUCCGUAGUGCAUUAGAAAUCAACUGCAGGCCUCCUGUCAGGACAUUCCUUGCCACCUUAUGAAAUCCCUUGUGAUCUUCCAGUGCUGCAAACUGUCCUCCCAUUGCCACUAAGUGAUGUCCAAGACAAAGAGCAGUUGUUGGAUACUUGAUUUUUGAGUCCAUUUUUUUCAAGGCAUGCCCACAGAGCCGUGGGCAGGCUGUUAACACUAAUACCUUUUGUAUGAGCAUGUUGUUGGGGAAUUUCAGCUCUGGGUAUUGAUGGGUUAAGCAAUUCACAUUCUUUCCUUGGAUUUGCACUUGAAGCACUGUGGAGAGAGAGGCAGAGAGCAGGCUCUCCCUCGCUGUGUCACACUGGACUGGUCCAGACUUGGUCUGGGGAUUUGUUCCUAGUUUUGUGCUGGACUUCACUCCACUUACCCAGUACACUCCACAUAGAUUCAUUUUAGUGAGACUCUGCUGUUAUCAGGAAUAUUAGCAGAAUCUAAGCUUGUUUUUUAGAUCAGUCCAGAGGAGGUAUGGCUUCCAUCCUUCCUGCACACGUCUCAGUCCCUGUUGCCUCCUAUCCUUCCCUGUGUCUGUCAGAAAAAAAGCAGAGCUUUACAUAGACAGCACAGGGAUCUUCAUUGUAAGUGAUACAGAAAAAGAAACUCUCAGCAGUGCCUAUUCUACCAGUUUCACUGUUGCUACUGCCAGUAGUGAAUUGCCAUUGUGGAUUUCUGUCCUUACUAUACCCAGGCCCAAGCAAUCCUACUUGAACUCUUUGUAAAGUUAGUUCAGGUAUUCUUCCACUCUGGGCCCCCUCUCCCAUGCACAGUAAUGAGUUACUAAAUCUCCAAGACACACAAGACUUAAGUGCUGAGCAAAAGGAUGUUAUCACACAAGUACAGACCAUAAUCUGGCAGUGGAGCUGUAAAGGUUUCUUCUGUGUGGAGCACAGCAGGAGUUGCCUAGUUAGACCACUGCUAUGUCCUUACCCUCUUAAAGAGCUAAACUCUUUCUCUAGGCCAAAAAAAAAAAAAAAAAAAAAAAAAGAAA